CUGAGCGCCAGUUCUCUGCUGGCAUCAACUUCUUCCUUCUCCUCCCCAAGUCAUCUUCUCUUCUCCAACAGUGAGCCAGCCAACAUGCAGCUCGUGGUCCUCGCCUGCCUGGCCGCCUUCGCCGCCGCCGCCCCACAGCAGUUCACAGGAAAGCCGGAGUACCGACAGAUCGCCAUCCUGAGAGACGAGCGGGAAGAUCGGGGCGACGGGAACUUCCGGUACGAGUUCGAGACCGAGAACGGCAUUCACGUCAACGCCGUGGGCACCCCCGGCGAAAAGGGCCAGAGCAACAUUGAGGGUUUCUACAGAUUCCCCCUGGACGACGGAUCCAUCGCUGAGGUCCGCUACAUCGCCGAUGAGUUCGGCUACCGCCCAGAGUCUCCCCUGAUCCCCACUCCCCACCCUCUCCCCGCCCACGCUGUCGAGCAGAUCCGCCUCGCUGAGGAGCUCCGUCGCCAGGGAGUAGAGUGGGACCAGUUUGGAUUCAGAAUCAACAGAAAGUGAGCGAAGUCUGAAGUCGACGACACCCAAAAGGCGUUGUACAGUGCUGACGAGAGCUUGACACGGAGCCCAAGACGAUAGCCACACUCUAGCUAGAGUCUCGGAUUCGUGUAGACGACGGUAUUGUAGAUUAUCGCAAACGCUUAUUUUAUCCCCAUGUACACAAGACACACAAACACCACCAGCUCUCACGAACACACACUUUAUCCUCAUAAUAAUACUCCUAAUGGCUUUGAUAGCUUUUGUUAUAUACUCAGUUCGCGCACCCUUGAUGCCCAUUGUAGAGUGAAGCACCAUUGGCACAGUGGCUAGUGAGAGAACCCAACACUUGACAUCCAUGGUAUUGUAUCGAGACAAGCGCAGGCGCCUCCACACAUACCAACUGGGCUCUCACAGCCAGCAUAUCAGGCAGAAUCAUCCACUUCCUCCUGCUUCUCCUCCCUCCAUAAUACUUAUCAACAACCACAAAUUGUCUCGAUUUAACAUUCCAGCGAUUGCAGGUUCUCAGUCGUUCCUAGACGUGGUAUUUUGGGUGUCUACCGCCAGUAUAUCGCGCAGGACAUCAUUAUCCCCCCCCCCGCACCUUCCCACCCACAAAAUAAUGUGAAUCACAGUAACUAUUAAAUCAUAACAAAUGAAAAUGACUAGAUAUAGAAAUCCAGAGUACCAUUGUUAUCAUUGUCAUCAUCGGUGCCAGCCUCGCGAACACAGCCCACACGGUAUACUCUGUACAUUUCCUUACAUUGUGUACACACCCUACACAGUGAAUACCGCACAUUACAAACUAGUGUGUACACACAUCCCCAGAGGACAGUUACACAUCACAGUCAACACAAAAACGCAGCUGUUAAGUAGUAUACUCCGGUAUAUAUUUAUUUACAUGCUGAGCAUAUGAAAUAAAGUUAUACAGAUGCAUUA